AAAAGCUUUAGUCGGUCCGAGCGCAGGCACCUCGCUGCUCCGAUAACGCGCCCUCCCGCGUUCUGUGACUGUAGGCUGCAACUGCUGUAACCGCGAGAGCUUGGCUCUUUGUGCCGCCGUGGUUAAGGCGCAACCCGCCACCCCGGUCUCACCAUGUUGGAAGUCCUGAAGCCAGUGAGCACUCACCUGAAGCUCUCCACGAAACCUCGUGGAGAGGGUUCGGUGUUCAAGCUUCACUAUCGCGCCACCUUCGUUUUCAUCAUGGGCUGCUGCAUCCUGGUGACGGCGACCCAGUACAUCGGAGACCCAAUUGAGUGCAUGCCGGACAAAGACUCGAUCCCGCAGAACGUCAUCGACACCUACUGCUACAUCACGUCGACCUACACGAUCCCGCGCUAUUACGACCAGAAGGUUGGCGUCGGAGGUGUCCCUCACUGGGGCCUCGGUCCGGAGCUUCCUGAAGAUGAAAUCAUCUACCACAACUACUACAUCUGGGUGCCGUACAUGUUGUUCAUCCAGGCGAUCUCCUUCUACAUCCCUCACUGGGUGUGGAAAGCGGUGCAGACAGACAAAGUGUACACAGUCCUGAUGGGUCUCGACAGUCAGUCUCUGGAUGAAUCCGAGAAGAAGGACAAGGAACGGCUGUUGGUGAAUUAUCUAGAGCUUCACUUGCACACGCACAACAUUUGGGCAGCCAAGUACAUUUUCUGUGAAAUCCUGAGCUUCGUCAACGUUCUAGUGCAGAUCAGCAUCACGAAUGCGUUUCUCGGCGGCGAGUUUAGCGAGUAUGGCCCUAAGGUGGUGCGGUUCCUCUGGGCGGACCCUGAGGACAGGACGGAUCCCAUGUAUGCGGUGUUUCCCCGUGUCACAAAGUGCAAGUUCUGGAAGUACGGUCCCUCUGGCACCGUGCAGAAGCAUGAUGCACUCUGCGUGCUGGCGCUCAACAUCAUCAACGAGAAGAUCUACGUCAUGCUCUGGUUCUGGCUGGUCAUCCUCUCCAUUCUCAGCGGACUAGCGCUGUUGUACCGCCUUCUCACCAUCUUUUCGUCGUCAACUCGUGCGCGUCUGCUGCGUCAGCACGGCGGAGUUCUCGGACCGAACACGGAGACCACGCGCGACACCGUCGACCGGCUGAUCCCCCGGUUCCAGUACGGAGACUGGUACCUGAUGCACAGUCUCGGCAAGAGCAUGGGCAACCUGACGUUCACCGAUGUCCUGAAGGCGCUGGAAAAGCAGCUGAGCCGCUCCUCUCCUGAUGAUGACGAGAAGACCCUGCUGCACGGAAAAGCCUUCUCCAGUGUGUAGGGUGCCAGAGCUCAAAGUGCAUGGUAUAGAUAUAAGAAAAAGUUUUAUGCAUAGCCUGAUGCUCAUAGCAUAUUGUAAAGUUUAAAUGAAAUUGAGAAUGAUAUUUCGAACACUGGGUCUUCACCAGAUUCGAAGCUGGUGAGGACCCAGUGUUCGAAAUAUCAUUCUCAAUUUCAAUUAAACUUUACAAUAUGCUAUGAACAUCAGGCUAUACCUACUUAAAAGUUUUUCUCAUAUCUUUACUUUUUAAACAAGUGCUCAGCAAUGCACCUCCAGCCUUAAAAGUGCAUGGUUAAAUACUUUUUUAGUGAAAGGACCUUUUUCAAUUGUCAGUAUUAUUAGGAAUGUGAUAUACCUGCACUUUAAUACAUAAUUUUUAAAUUGCAUUUUGAGAUUUACUAUAUUUUCACAAUGUAUCGAAAUUCCACUGAUAAAUCGAGACGUGAGUAAUCAUUCAAUAAAUCGCAAUCGAAUCAA